AUGACCACACCAAAGACCAUUGCCAUUGUCGGUGCAACCGGCACGCAAGGCUCAUCAGUUGCCCGAACCUUCCUCACUCUCCCCAACUGGCACAUCCGAUGCCUCACCCGAGACCCAUCAUCCGAGAAAGCCCUCGAGCUCGCCGAACUGGGCGGCGAGCUAGUCCAAGCAAAUCUCGAAGAUAAAGAUUCUCUCCGCCGAGCAUUCAACGGCGCACACGCCAUCUUCCUCAACACCGAUUUCUGGCAACCAUACCGCGCAGCCUUAGCCUCAGGUACUGAUGCCCUGACUAGUGCCAAGCAGGGCUACGAAACAGAAGUCACCCACGGGAAGAAUGCGGCCAAUGUUGCAGCGACCAUUCCAACCCUCGAAAGACUCAUCUACUCGGCCCUGGGUCCGAUGAAGGCAGCUUCGGGGGGCAAGUACUCGCACUCUUAUCACUGGGAGACGAAGGCCUAUAUAGCCGAUUAUAUUGGGCAGAUGCCCGAGUUGGUGAAGAAAACAUCGUUCAUCUAUAUUGGUGCUUACAUCUCCAACCCCUUCCUGUAUCCCAAGUACCAGCCGGAGAGCAAAGAGCUUGUUUCUUUCUUGCCGGCCAAGAAGUCCAUGCGCAUGCCCAUUAUUGAUACCGCCAACUCAACUGGUCCUUUUGUCAGGGCGCUGGUCGAAGAUGAGGCGCCAGGUAUGAAGUUGCUGGCAUACGACGACUAUCUCUCUGCGGAGGAAAUUGCAGUUGUGUGGUCCCGAGCUCUUGGAAAACCGGCUAGGGUGGUCGAAAUGGGUCUCCAGGAAAUGCAUGAGAAGACAGGAAUUCCACUUGAGGUUCUGGGUGGCCCUGCGUUCGUUGAUGAAUUUGGCUAUUGUGCUGGCUUGGGGAAUGUUGUUGAGCCUGCUCAGUUGAAGGCUCAGGUUCAAGGGAAGGGAUUUGAGGAGUGGCUCAAAGGCCAGGAUGUUGUGGAGUUGUUGGGAUUGAAGGACUUGAAUCGGUGGGAUGGUAUCGUUCAGUAG